AUGGCCGACCGAGCUAACAAGCAGACCUCCCGCCUUGUCGCGGUCGCCGUUCUCACAUGGCCGCUAGCGCAAGAGGCGUCGGCGGCGGAGGCGGAAGGGGGAAGCGGGGGGCCUGAUAUCACGGGCGAUGGGCAUCGCGCGGGUUAUGACUGGCGCCGCGCCGCUGCUGGCGGGGACCGCAGCGGCGGCGGGCGCGCGGGCGCGUGGGCGGCGUUCCUGGUGUGGGGCUUCGCGUUCGUGGCGGCGGGGCUUCUAGUCGCCGUCGGUAUCUUCUGCCUGGUAACCCUCUCGGACCUCCAGCACGACUACAUCAAUCCACACGACAGUGCGGCGUCCAUCAACCGCUUCCUGCUGCCCGACAUGCUCGCACACGCUGCUGUCGCGCUGCUGCUGCUGCUCUUCCCGCCCUCCCUGCUCGGCCUUGUUCUCUUUGCUCUCAACGUGCCCUUGCUGCUCUUCCACGCGCGAUGUCUUCUAGCCGGCUCCUACACUGUGGACGUGACAGAAGUUUUUGUGCAGCUGCCCGAGCUGCGCAGACUGUGGCAGAAAAAGGUGGCCCUGUACUGCAUAAUGGUGCUGCCUGUGGUCUAUAGAUGGGUACUAGCAGCAACGCAUUUGCUGGUGAUCACCUCACAACCAAAGGCUGUGCGCCGCACUGCAUAA